GCGACAGCCCGCGCGGACCUUCUCGACCUUCGGCUUGCGCCAUCAAAGCUCACCCACCCACUCACUCUCUGGGGAGCUUUACCAACACGGCGGGAAAUCGCCCCUAGCCGACCAUUCAAAUACACCCUGCCAACUUCAGCAACAUUGGCUCGGCUAUCCAGGCUACUCCCCUGCUGCGUUGGCCCGACUCCGGCCGAUCCUCGACACCUUCCUUCCCCAUCGUCAAGAUCACGAAAAUAUCUUCUCCAUUUUGGAUCACUUCCUGCCUCGAUUUUUUCUGCGCAACAGCAACAUCAGCGUUGA